AUGGUCUACCGCAAAAUAUCGCCUGACAUGAAAUUGGCUGCCAUCAAGCUAUAUGAAAAGAAUCUUCUUUCUCUCGACGACAUUCUCGACUGCUGUGGACUCUUGGAGCGAACCUUCUGGCAUGUACGCAAGCUCUAUCAGGAAACCGGUGACAUUGUGCCUCCCACAUGCACAACCCGAGGUUGGCCGAAAAAACUACACUUCGACGACGUAACCUAUCUCUUGGCUUUGGUCCAUCAACAGCCUGACUGGUUUUUGGAUGAGCUUCUCGAUCUUCUUGAUACAAACAGGUUCAUAUUGGUGCAUUACACGACUAUUCACUGGGAAUUAGAGCGUGCUGGGGUAUCUGUGAAGAAAUUGCGGAUCAUUGUGAAGGAACACGAUGAAGGACUGUCUUUAUGA